CACGGAGGGCUCAGGUGGGAACAGGAGGACAGCAGGGACACGGGGGAGCAGUGGAGGACGAGAGGGGGGACACAGCUGUAGGUGACUCCCCCGUCCCCCCAUCCGUCUGCCCCCCACUCUGCUGACACCCUCGAGCUGCCCUGCCCGGGAGGAGCGGGGGGCUCCCGCUUGAACUCCCUGGGGACCCCCGCUGUCCCUCCCUUCCCCCCCCACAGCCGCAGACCCACACCAUGAGGGAGAGCUUCGAUGCCCUCUGCGCUCUCGGUUCCCCCGUGGCCAAGCUGGAGCCACUGGCAGAGGAGAUGGAGUUGCCAGGCUGCGCCAACUCUGGGCUAGUGGUCCCCAAGACAGAGGCAAUGCCUGAGGGCGACGCAGAGGAGCCAGCGGGCAUGGGGGAGCUGGGGGGCACAGACAGCAGCUGCUCAGCAGACUGGCUGGUGAGGAAGGUGAAGGUGAAGGAGGAAGAGGAGGAGUACGAGGAGUGGGCGGCCGGUGCCAAAGCCCCGCUCGCAGGGCAGCCCCUGGCCACCACCUUCCCCGAAGCCACCGGCACCUGCAAACUGGAGCAGCCGUGGCCAGAGGCGCUGGGCUCCGGCUCGCUGCCGGGACACUGCGGGGGCUGCGAGACCCCGGCCCGCCCGCGCCCCUUCGCCUGCACCCAGUGUGGGAAGGGCUUCGGGAAGAAGGCUCACCUGACGCGGCACCUGCGGGUGCACACGGGCGAGCGGCCCUUCCCCUGCACCCGCUGCGGCCGCCGCUUCCGCCAGGAGAUCCACCUGCGCUCCCACCAGCGCCUGCACACGGGCGAGCGGCCCUUCCCCUGCACGCGCUGCGACCGCCGCUUCCGCAAGAAAACACACCUGGUGCGGCACCAGCGCAGCCACAGCGGCGAGCGGCCCUUCCCCUGCGCCCGCUGCGGCCGCCGCUUCGCCCACAAGCAGCACCUGCUGCGGCACCAGCGGCUGCACAUGGCACCGGCGCCUCCAGCCGCCGCCGAGCCUCAGCCCCUCGUCUGCCCCGAGUGCGGGAGGAGCUUCAGCUGCAGCAACGCGGCGCCGCAGCAGCAGGGCCCUGAGGGGCCGCAGCCCUGCGCCCGCUGCGGGACGGCCCCCGGCCGCGAAGCCAAGCCGAGCGCCGAGCGGCCGUUGGCGUGCCCGCAGUGCGCCCGCGCCUUCACCCAGCGCCAGCACCUGCUGCGGCACCUGCGGGUGCACACGGGCGAGCGGCCCUUCGCCUGCGCCCAGUGCGGCCGCCGCUUCGGCUCCCGGCACAACCUGCUGGCCCACGCCAAGGCGCACACCGGCGCCCGGCCCUUCAGCUGCGCCCUGUGCGGCCGCGCUUUCGGCCGCAAGUCGCACCUGGCGCGGCACCAGGCGGUGCACACCGGGCAGCGGCCCCACGCCUGCACGCAGUGCGCACGGCGCUUCAGCUCCAAGACCAACCUGGUGCGGCACCAGGCCGUGCACACCGGCCACCGGCCCCACGCCUGCGCCCAGUGCGCCAAAUGCUUCAGCCGCAAAACGCACCUCCUGCGACACCAGCGCACCCACGGCAGCGCCGGAGCCACCGCCGGGGCUGCACACGUGGCCCCUGCCACCACAGCCACCGGCACGCCGGCCUCUGCCGCCACAGCCACGGCCGCCCUCUGCCCCUGAGCGCCGGGGUGCGCCAGAUCCAGAGCGUCAGCCCCUGUGCCGGCGACUCCCCCUUCGGGGUGGUUGCCGCUCCCAGCCGGCGGCCACCGUCCCACCACGGUUCCGUGGAUGUUCCUGCCGGGCUGCCCCGCCGUACGCGGCACCGGCACCGAGAACCGCCUUUGAAAAGCCAUUUUGAACCCUGGGGGGGGCGCGGGGGCAGCCCCGGGAGUCAGGGGGUCCCGGUGCCGGUCCCAGUGGGCUGCAGAGGGGCUCCGGCACCCCUUUGGACCACGCAAACUGCCAAUA